AAUAAUGCUGGGUGCACCUAGCAACUCCCCCUUCUUCCCGUGCUAUCACUCAAACCAACAGAAAAUGUGACAGAACUAACAUUAACAUAAAGUCAUUAACCAUCUGGUCUUGUAACAACAUCGUUAGUGAGAAAUCCAAGCAUUUUUUUUUCCCUUUCUAUGUUGUUCUACCCAAGAACCUUGUCCCUCCAAACCUCACUCAAGCGCGGUUUCACCCCCACUCCAAAACCCAUUAAUUGCUUCCUCCUCUUCCUCUUCCGCCACCGCAAGUUCAACCUAAUCACCCACUUCUUCUCUCAGUUGAAAUCCAACAACGCCCCUACCAACCGCAGAACCCUCUCCCUCCUCACAUGGUCACUCCUCAAAUCACACAAAUUCGAAGAAGCAGAGCAAUUCAUGCACUCCCACACCCACAUCACCCACUCCUCGAUGUGGGACUCCCUCAUCCAAGGCCUCCACGACCCCGAGAAAGCACUCUCCGUUCUGCAACGCUGCGUGAGAGACCGUGGUGUGUUACCUUCUUCUUCCACUUUUUGUUUGGUAGUUCACAAAUUGAGCUCAAAGGGGUUGAUGGGUAGGGCCAUUGAGGUGCUGGAGUUGAUGGCUGGGGAUGGAGUUAGGUACCCUUUUGAUGAUUUUGUUUGUAGUUCUGUGAUUUCCGGGUUUUGUAGGAUUGGAAAACCGGAACUUGCGUUGGGGUUUUUCAAGAAUGUUACGGAUUGUGGAGGGUUGAGGCCAAAUGUGGUGACUUGCACUGCUCUUGUGGGGGCUCUUUGUAAGAUGGGGAGGGUUGGGGAGGUGUGUGGUUUGGUUCAGUGGAUGGAGAGGGAAGGGUUGGGUUUGGAUGUUGUUUUGUAUAGUGCUUGGGCUUGUGGGUAUGUUGAGGAGAGGGUUUUGGGGGAGGUUUUUGGGAGGAUGAGGGAAAUGGUGGAGAAGGGUAUAGGCCAUGAUUUUGUGAGCUAUACUGUGCUUGUGGAUGGGUUUUCCAAGCUUGGUGAUGUGGAGAAGUCGUUUACUUUCUUGGCGAAGAUGAUAAAAGAAGGACAUAGACCUAAUAAGGUUACAUAUAGUGCAAUCAUGUCUGCUUAUUGUAAGAAGGGCAAGGUGGAGGAGGCAUUUGGUGUUUUUGAGAGCAUGAAAGAUUUGGGAAUUGAUCUGGAUGAAUAUGUGUUUGUGAUUUUGAUUGACGGGUUUGGGAGGAUAGGGGAUUUCGAUAAAGUGUUUUGUCUGUUUGAUGAAAUGGAGAGGAGUGGGAUUAGUCCUAGUGUUGUUGCAUACAAUGCUGUUAUGAAUGGUUUGUCCAAGCAUGGGCGGACGUCUGAGGCGGAUGAGUUAUUGAAAAAUGUUGCUGCAGAUGUGAUUACGUACAGCACGUUGCUACAUGGAUACAUGGAAGAGGAGAACAUUCCGGGGAUUUUGCAAACGAAGAGGCGACUGGAAGAAUCUGGCAUUUCUAUGGAUGUUGUGAUGUGUAAUGUGCUGAUCAGAGCCCUGUUUAUGAUGGGGGCUUUUGAAGAUGUUUAUGCACUUUACAAAGGAAUGCCUGAAAUGGAUCUGAUUCCGAAUUCGGUGACUUACUGCACAAUGAUUGAUGGGUAUUGCAAGGUAGGUAGAAUUGAAGAGGCACUUGAGGUAUUUGAUGAAUUUAGAAAGACUUUGAUCUCGUCACUUGCCUGCUACAAUAGUAUUAUUAAUGGCCUUUGCAAGAAUGGUAUGACAGAAAUGGCCAUUGAGGCUUUGCUUGAACUCAAUCAUGAAGGUCUUGAGUUGGAUAUAGGUACAUUUAGGAUGUUAACGAAGACAAUUUUUGAAGAAAACAAUACAAAAAAGGCUUUAGAUUUAGUUUACAGAAUGGAGGGUUUGGGACCAGACAUAUAUAGCUCAGUAUGUAAUGAUUCCAUCUUUUUAUUAUGUCAAAGAGGAUUACUUGAUGAUGCAAAUCAUAUGUGGAUGAUGAUGAAAAAGAAAGGCCUAUCUGUCACAUGCAAUUCUUAUUAUUCUAUUUUGAGAGGGCAUCUUAAUAAUGGGAAUAGGGAGCAAAUUUAUCCCCUUUUGAAUAGCUUCCUGAAAGAUUAUGGUCUAGUUGAACCAAUGGUACAAAAGAUACUUGCAUGCUACCUCUGUCUGAAAGAUGUCAAUGGUGCCAUUCGAUUUCUUGGAAAAACAAUGGAUAAUUCUUCAACAGUCACUUUUCUUACCUCUAUUCUCAAGAUUCUCAUAAAGGAGGGUAGAGCUUUAGAUGCGUAUAGGCUUGUCACGGAGACUCAAGAUAAUUUACCAGUCAUGUAUGCUGAUUAUGCCAUUGUGAUUGAUGGCUUGUGCAAGGGAGGAUAUCUCAAUAAAGCAUUGGAUCUUUGUGCCUUUGUUGAAAAGAAGGGGAUGAAUUUGAACAUAGUCAUAUAUAAUUCAAUAAUAAAUGGAUUGUGCCAUGAAGGACGUCUUAUUGAAGCAUUUCGGCUAUUGGAUUCAAUAGAGAAACUUAAUUUGGUACCCUCUGAAAUAACUUAUGCUACAGUUAUUUAUGCUCUAUGUAGGGAGGGAUUUUUGCUAGAUGCAGAGCAUGUUUUUAGUAAAAUGGUCCUCAAGGGCUUUCAGCCAAAAGUACAAGUUUACAAUUCAUUACUUGAUGGAAUUUCUAAGUUUGGUCAACUAGAAAAGGCAUUUGAGCUUCUAAAUGAUAUGGAGACAAAAUAUAUCGAGCCUGACAGUCUGACUAUUAGUGCUGUAAUUAAUUGUUAUUGCCAAAAGGGUGACAUGCAUGGAGCUCUUGAAUUUUAUUAUAAGUUCAAGAGGAAGGAUAUGUCACCUGAUUUUUUUGGGUUCUUGUAUUUGAUAAGAGGUCUAUGUACCAAGGGAAGGAUGGAAGAAGCCAGGAGUGUCUUGAGAGAAAUGCUCCAGUCCAAGAAUGUGGUAGAGUUAAUUAACAUAGUCAACAAGGAGGUUGAUACUGAAUCAAUAAGUGAUUUCCUUGGCACUUUGUGUGAGCAAGGAAGGGUUCAAGAAGCUGUUACAGUUCUCAAUGAAAUUGUAUGUAUACUUUUUCCUGUUCAAAGGUUGUCCACUUAUAAUCAAGGAUCCCUUAAACAACAGAAGAUUUAUGAAUGGAAGGAUGAACCAAAAUCUUCAAGCAUUGUACCUUCCUCUUGCAAAAGUGGUUUGAAUCUUGGAUCCUGUGAUGACAAAGAUGUAAGGAAUCUUUCAACAGAUAAUGGUGGUUAUAUGACAAGAUCCCAGCUGCAUGGAUUUGACUUCUAUUAUUCUAGAAUUGCUGCACUUUGUGCCAAAGGGGAACUGCAGAAAGCAAAUCAAUCAGUAAAAGAAUUUCUUUCUGACCUGACAGAGUCUAUGAACUGAACAUGUGGGAUAAAAAUGAAGAAUUCUUUUUAUUUUAGGAACUAAUCUCUCAGUAGUGCCAGCAAAUAGAGCACAUGGAUGACUGAUGACACCUGCAGGACUGAAUCAUGGCUCUGAAGUCAAUGCUAUAUCAGAAGACUGAUGAGAUUGGGAACUAUGAUAUCAUUAGUGGAGAAUUCAAGUUAUUGGUCAAAGGUACAGAAACAGAACUAGGAACAGAAUUAUCUCAAAUGCUGGAUCCUGUAUGAAAAGGCAGUUAUAUAAUAUGGUUGAUAAGCAGCUGGUUUGCCUUUUUGCUUCAAUACAUAACUUGCUAAAGUAUGCUCUCCUGUCUGCACUUUCACCUAUAAAGUAUCAAGGAACCUGUUGGACUCAAUACUGAGCCAUUAUAUGAUCUGCUAUUAUAUAAAUGGUUGGCUGCUAUCACAAUACUCAGAAUAUAAGAGCUGUCAUAGUCUUUCAAGAGGAAAGGUGAUGAAUUGCAUGCUGAUUUCUGCUUAAGCUUUGAUUGGCGAAAGUGUUGCGCCCCUGUUUAUGGUGAUUAAAUGUAAGUAUUUUUUUUAUUCAAGUUAUAAUAAGUAGAUUGAGUUGGAUUUUUUGUUCCUUCUGGCAUUUCCUUCUUUCUACCCCUCCCUCUUUUAAGCAGAGGGAUGGUUGAUUUUGAAGCAUUAAAUUUUUACCUUAGUCUCUCUGGCUUUCAUAGAUCUUGAUUUUUUUUCCCCACAAGGUUGAGAACUCACCAUAGUGAAGUAUUUCUCUACUAGCUAGUUGCAUGCAAAUUGCAGAUUGGCUGUGUCAUGAACUUGUGACAGAGAUGGUUGGACUAUGGAGAAAGCUAGUGGAGUUGGACAUUGAAAAAUGCCUGUCUGGAAAAAUGAUUUACUCUCAGCCCUUGUGUCACCAAAAAUUAAUAUAAAACAUUAGUGGAAGGAAGGGGUGAAAAGAGGUUUUUAGUUGGUGAUUGAAAUUAAAUUUUAUGUAAGAACAAGUUUGAUGUAUUGAUAAAUAGUUCAAUUCUGCUUCUCGGUCCAGUCACCUAAACGGCUUAUAUCAUAGUCACUUUGUUCUUUUUUACAGUAUUAUUUAGAAUUCUCAUGUGUUGAGACCAUGAUUUGGUGGUUGUGGAUUAAAUGUUGAUGGUGACAGUAAUAAUGGUGUUAAAAAUGUAACCGGGAUAGAAGACUUUGAUAAUCAGAAAGUGAACUAACACAUGCAAUUAGCAAUAUGUAUAAGUUACAGCAGAAACUACCAAAAGAUAGGUUCUUUCUUCUA